GGGACAUGCAGUCCCUCCACUGGCAGCUGUCUGCAUUCGCCCCUCGUCUCAUGAAUCCAGCAUGAGGCAGCCUGGAUUUCCCCAACCUGUCUCUCCUCCACCACAGGGAAAUAAAGCAGCUCUUCUUCUCAUGUUGCUUGUCCAUGUUCUUGUUGGGGUAAUAGGAAUGCAAGUGGCUUUUUCUUCACUUUCUGUGGUGGAUGAUAACAUAAUAGUUUCGAGUCCAGAUCUGGCGUCUGACGACGCAUUAUAGAUUUGUGCUCUCUUUGGACCAGUGAGCUCUGAGACCUACUGCUUCACCUCUCUUUCUCUUCUUGCUGGUGAGCGGGGAUGGGUCUAUGGCUUCCCUCGGUGGUCCUUCUUCUCUGCUCCGCCGGCUUCUUGGCUCUUUCCUCUGCAGCUCCGGCGAACACCUCGGCCUCUUUCUCGUUCAAGGAGAACUUCGACAUAAUGUUCGCGGAGGAUCACUUCAGGACAUCCCCUGAUGGCCAAAUCUGGUACCUCUAUCUGGACAAGAAGACAGGUUGCGGGUUCCAGACGCGGCAGAGGUACCGAUUUGGGUGGUUCAGCAUGAAGCUGAAGCUCGUCGGGGGCGACUCCGCCGGGGUCGUGACAGCAUACUACAUGUGCUCCGACCUGGACGCAGCGCCGGAUAGGGACGAGCUGGACUUCGAGUUCUUGGGGAACAGAACAGGGCAGCCAUACACCAUACAGACCAACGUCUACAAGAGCGGAAUCGGCGGACGGGAGAUGCGGCACACGCUGUGGUUCGAUCCCACACAGGACUUCCACACCUACUCCAUCCUCUGGAACACCCACCGCAUCGUGUUCUACGUGGAUAGGGUGGCGAUCAGAGUGUACAAGAACAAUGGGAAGCCCAACAACUUCUUCCCGAGUGGGAAGCCGAUGUACAUGUUCUCGAGCAUAUGGAACGCCGACGACUGGGCGACGAGGGGAGGCCUGGAGAAGACGGACUGGAAGAAGGCGCCGUUCGUGUCGUCGUACAAGGACUUCCACGCCGACGGGUGCCAGUGGAAGGACCCAUUCCCGGCCUGCGUCUCCACCACCACCGAGCACUGGUGGGACCAGUACGAGGCGUGGAGCCUCACCGACAGCCAGCAGGAGGACUUCAGCUGGGUGGGGAGGAACCUGGUGAUCUACGACUACUGCAAGGACACCGAGAGGUACCCCAAAUUGCCGGCGGAGUGCCUCCUGUAGAGGAAGGAAGACCGGCUGUCCGUAGCAUAUAUGCUUUGGGUGCACCAAAGGAAGUCUGCAAAGUGAAAUUUUUUGGUCAGAAUUAUUAUUUUGGUUGCUGGAAUGUGACUACAUUAUUAUGAAUAUUUAGAGCAUAAAUGGAUUUAUCAUGUCUCUUUUAUU